AUGAAUCCCAGCCCGGACCGCGGCAAAGAGUGCCUCCCCCCCAAGAAGAGGGAGUCCCGGCAGGGCUCGGUUGACCAGCGCCCCCCACUGGACGAGUUCAAACCGCCCGCCGCGCCCCUCAGGACCCGGCCCGCCAGCAGCUCAGGGAGGGGGGAGGGGGGCAGGGAGAGCAGCGACGGGGCUCUGACGAACCCCCACAGUCUGCUACCCUCUCCCCCACCCCCCCUCCCACCCCCUGGUAUCCCACUCCCCCUGCCAUGGCAACUGGCCUACCCCCCCUCCAUCCCUCUUCCCUUCCUCCCAGGCCAGGUAGGAGAAAUGAGGGGGUCGGGCUCGCCCUCCUGGAGGGAUGAUCCUAUACCUGCUCCACUCCCCCAUCAUUCCAGAUGGCUCCGAGGUGAAAUCCCCGUUCCCCUUCCACCCUCCUCAUCCUCUUCCUCCUUCAAGAGCCCCUUCCCCGCUGACUCCAGAGAGAUGUGGUCCUAUUUCAACACAGGCCGAAGGGACUACAGCUCCUCUCUCUUUUCCCAAUCCCACCAGUUCAUCCAGCCCUCCCUCUAUCCCCAUGACUUCUCCAUGACUGAGGGCAGACACAGGUAUGUGGGCAAGAGGCCCAACGGGCUGGACGGCCUGGGCAGCAGGACUGCCUCUGCCUCCAGGGUAGUGCCCCCCUCAGGAGAGUACGGGAACGAACCCAGUGGCAGGGCCAGGCUGGGUGGCAGCCUCCACUGUUCCCAUGCCAACGGGCGGCGGAGACACCAGGAGGAUCCCAUGGGGCGUUCCCAGCCGGUUGCAGUUUUCCGAGAUUCCCGAGCGCUACCUCCGGAGGGCCCUGACUCACAUUCCUCUCUGCAGGAAAGGGACCCCUGUGGGACGCCAAAGCCUGGGUCCCUCACCCUGAUCCCUAGCAGGCCCCAGCCACAUCGGGCAGACCCCCGGGCAGGGAGAGGGGAGCUGCUGGACCCCCUGGGAGGCUCUCCAGCUAAGGCCCAGAUCUACUACUCCCUGGGCUCGAUGUACUCUACCCUACAGCCCAGCCACCUCAGCCCCCAGGCUCAGCCCUACCCCCUGUACAGCCCCUCGGGCAGCCCUCAAUACGGCCUGCACACCAUGAGGAACUCACAACACUCACCCCAGGGGCAGCCCAACAGCCACGGCACAGAGAGCGACAGAGAGAGGGAACAAGAGCGAGACAGAGAACGAGACAGAAAACAAGAUCAAGACCGGGAGAGAGAACAUGAACGAGACAGAGACAACAGGGAGAGAGAACAUGAACGAGACAGAGACAACCGGGAGAGAGAACAUGAACGAGACAGAGACAACAGGGAGAGAGACAGUGAACGAGACAGAGACAAAAUCAGCGGAGACCUUUCCCCUGGGCAGCAGUACUCACGUCCCCGCGCCUCCCCCCUCCUUCCCCACUCGGCCGCCUCACCCCCUGCCCCUCAACCCCACCACAACCCCCCAGCACUCCUACCUCACUUUGCCAAGGGUUCUCUGAUUGAGCUGGCGGGGGGCCGUCUGAAGCGUGUGGAGGAGCUGAGGACGGAGGACUUCCUAAGGAGUGCCAACACCUCCCCGGAGUUCCACCUGAGCACCUGCACCGUUCUGCUCAUCGCCCCCAGUGACACACACGGCUUCAACCACCUGCAGGUCCUCCUCACAGACCGCAACACUCAGGUCAGGGGCUCAUCUAUCUUCUAGAUUUCUAUUCUCUAUCUGAGUCACUUCUAGACAAUAUAUUAUAAUAAAGGCACUGGUCAUUCACUACUUAAGCAAACGUUUGCAAUCCUCUCCAAUCACUCAAACAUGUAAACAUAUGACAAAUUAUCUUACAACAAGGAUUGUUGAAAUCAUAAUUCUCCUUAGUAAAAAGGAUGUAUAUCCCAGCACUGUUGUGAAUAUGUUGUUGUUGUUCUGUGUGUGUAGGAGUUACUAACAGUUCUGGUGGAGUACCCGUUCUUCGUGCGGGACCGCGGCUGGUCUUCCUGCUGUCCCCAGAGAACCUCCCAGCUCUACGGCCUAUCCUGCCGCCAACUCAGCGAGGGAGACAUCUGCCUUGCCCUCACCCCCUCACACACACCUCGUACACACACACACUCACACACACGCACAGCCCCCCGGGGCCACCGCACACACACUCGGGCCAGGGUGGGGGCCAGCACACACAGGGAGGAUAUGCCCCCUCCUCCCCCUCCUCCUCCUCUUCCUCAUCUCUCCCCUGCUCUCGCCCCUCCUCCUCUCCCUCCACCCCCUGCAGACCCCCCCACCCAGGAGCAGCCACGCCCACGCAAGAGGCGAUGGUCCGCCCCCGACCUCUUACCCCCUACUGGAACUACGGAAGCUACCGGAACUGACAAGACCACCGAUUUACCUCACGGCUCCAAGCAUAGGAAGCGGCAGUAA